AUGGAAGGGAAUUCAGAGCAGCCAAAAGAGACCCGAUUGCUACUUUCUGAGGUGGUUUCGGACUGCGUGAAGCGGUGGUUUCAGGACACACUCAAAGCCGGGGAUAGCGCCAUGCAGGUCUUGGUGGGUCAGAUGUAUCAUAGUGGCUACGGUGUCCCUAGAGAUGCCCAGAAGGGACGAGCUUGGAUUAGUAGAGCUUCGAAGAGUCGGUCCUCAGUAUGGAAAGCAGCGAUAAACAUCCAGAAUUAUGGUGCACUCUCCAUAGGUAGUAUGUUCUCUAGGAAGCAUAGGAGUUAUCUUUUCACCUUCUUGUUUCAUGCUGAUGUGAAGUGUGGUGUUGAUGAAUCUGAAGCAGUCAUAAGCACCACAGUUGUCUUGGGCUGGUGGUAUUCGUUGAGUGCUCUACUGGAUGUACUGCUGUCCAACAAGCUGGCUGCAGAACUUGAUAGUGGACUUGGGCGUUGCAAGGAUGAAUUCAACGAGUUUGAAAGACAGGAUGUUAAAUACCGUGAAGAUUUAAAGCACAUGAAGCAAAAGAUCAAAGAAACUCGAUGA